AUGUCCUCGCCGAGCAUUAACAGUCCAUCCUAUCAGGUAUCAUCAACUCCUUUCCAAACAGCCCUCUUUCCCCUCUCCUUUACCACCCACUCCACCAUCCAUUCCACUACCCACCCUCCCUCCUCAACAUCCUACACACACUUCUUCCCAGCCUCGCACCGCAACAUCCGCCCUCAUGAAGCAAUCGACGACCUCGAAUCGCUUUACAAAGGCCCUUCGCCCUCUUUUAUCGCCCGCGAAUUCGACCUCUCCCGGCUACACUCCAUUCGCCAUCUGCUCUGGCUAGCCGGGCGUCCGGUACCGCCCCACCCUUUGCACCAACAAGUGCUUAUGAAUCGGGAGCCGAUAGUGACUAAAAAGCUCGACCAACACUUAGUAUGGGGAGGAGGCAGGGUGUUUCUGAAGCCUGUCAGCAAGUUUUUGUUUACGAGGGAGUUUUGGACAAGGGAGUUGACAUCGCUUGGGUUUUUGUUCAGUUAUGUUGGUCUGGUGCAAAGGGAGACCGACUUUGAUCUCGCCACCGUCAAGGGCCUCCUCCCGCGCGAAGUAACCUGGGGUCAAUGGCGUCUCUUCGUGGACGAGCUGCUCGCCUCGCCAGACGCGAUAUACAAGAACAUCGCCGUUCGGUUCAUCUACGGCGAAUUAUGA